GGUCUCGGCGCUGGAGAGCUGCUCUCAUGCAGCAGGAGGAUCAGCAUCUGGAGCGGUGGACUGUAUUGUGUGUGGAUGCCCCCCCCCCUCCCCUCUCUCUCUCGUCACAGAUCCUGGAUCAGACAUGUUCGGCAGCGAGUCCUCGUCAUCAUUCCUCCAGUCUUCAGUGUCACAUUAUCCUCAGAAAUCAUUCUUACUGACCGCGUGUCCUCCUGAAGUGAGCGGUGUCUGGUGUCUGGACCGGUCAGACUGUGGUCUUCAUGAAUGGUGUGUCUGUGCUGGAGUGGCUCUCCUCUGAAUGAAUGAGUGCAGCUGCGGUCAGAUGCCCGCCGUGUGUUCGACGGAGAGAAACACAUCCCAUCAUGCCUUUCCAAAACCAAGAGACUCUCUUUCAUCUGCGGAACAUCAGAGAAGAUAUUCUGAAGAAUGACUCGACUGCGUUUGUCUGUACAGUGAUGUCCAUCAGCGUUCAGUGUUAGGACACAAAAACAGCAGUUUUCCGGAAGAAAGAAGAAAGAACAGAAUAGAAGAAAGAGUGAACGAUGACAGAAGGAUGGGAUCUUCUUCAGAUGGUUAUUAACACAUUAAUGAAAAACAAUCAAUCCGCUUGAUCUAACGUUUAUAUAGGUUUAAAAAAAAAAAAAAAAAAAAAAAGAAACGUUUUGCUAGACAUUGAAUGCAUGAUUGCGGUUCUGAUGACUGAGUUCUUAUUUAGUACUUUUUUAAAUUUUAUUAUUAUUAUUUUCAAAUGAGUGAUUUAGCUUCUACUUUAAACAGGUAAGCCAUCAUUUGUUUCAUGUAAUGUCAGUUUAGUUCAUGUUUAGUGUGUAAUGUAUAGCACAAAUGAUUGCAUAUUGUUUGUAGGACAGCACUGGACAGGAUGCACAAUACAUAUGUGUUUUGACAGAGGAAAGGGUUAAUGGUGAGGCGCUGUUCCCUGGUCUCACUGACUUCAUGUCUUCUUUAGAUCUGGACAGAUUUCAGGAUCACUGGUCUGCUGUGACAGGAAGUGUUCGUCUCGACAGAUCAGCUGAUAUCCUCACAGGCCAAUGGGUCUGGUACACGUGUUGUUUUCUGGCUAGUGGUAUUUAUUGUCAUCAGUAAAACAGGAAGUGAUGUGGUGAGCGUGACCUCAGCAGGCUGUGUGAGCAUGUUCCUCAACACUUUGACCCCUAAGUUUUACGUGGCGCUGACGGGCACCUCAUCCCUCAUCUCUGGACUCAUACUGAUCUUCGAGUGGUGGUACUUCAGGAAGUAUGGCAUGUCCUUCAUCGAGCAGGUGUCUGUCAGUCAUCUGCGUCCUCUGUUAGGUGGAGUUGACCACAGCUCGCCCAACAGCUCCAGCAGCAGUGAUGGAGACACCGACUCCAGCCGACAGACUGUGUCAGAGUGUAAGGUUUGGCGAAAUCCUCUCAAUCUUUUCAGAGGAGCUGAAUAUAACCGGUACACGUGGGUGACGGGAAGAGAGCCGCUCACAUACUACGACAUGAAUCUGUCGGCACAAGAUCAUCAGACCUUCUUCACCUGUGAUUCUGAUCACCUGCGGCCUGCAGACGCCAUAAUGCAGAAGGCCUGGAGAGAGAGGAAUCCUCAGGCUCGGAUCACGGCCGCUCAUGAAGCUCUGGAUCUGGAGGACUGUGCGACGGCGUAUAUUCUCCUCGCUGAGGAAGAGGCCACGACGAUCGUGGAGGCAGAGAAACUCUUCAAACAGGCGCUAAAGAUCGGAGAGAGCUGCUACCGACGCAGCCAACAACUACAGCAUCACGGAGCACAGUAUGAAGCCCAGCACAGAAGAGACACAAACGUGUUAGUCUAUAUCAAGAGAAGACUCGCUAUGUGCUCCAGAAAGCUCGGCCGCACACGGGAAGCUGUCAAGAUGAUGCGAGACUUAAUGAAGGAGUUUCCUCUGCUCAGCAUGUUCAACAUCCACGAGAACCUGCUGGAGUCUCUUCUGGAGCUGCAGAACUACGCCGACGUCCAGGCCGUGCUGGCCAAGUAUGACGACAUUAGUUUGCCAAAGUCUGCAACUAUCUGCUACACAGCAGCACUGCUGAAGGCCAGAGCUGUGUCUGACAAGUUUUCUCCAGAGGCGGCGUCUCGCAGAGGUUUGAGCACAGCAGAAAUGAACGCAGUAGAAGCCAUACACAGAGCGGUGGAGUUCAACCCACACGUACCAAAAUACCUCUUAGAGAUGAAGAGCUUGAUUCUGCCUCCGGAGCACAUCCUGAAGCGUGGAGACAGUGAAGCCAUCGCCUACACCUUCUUCCACCUGCAGCACUGGAAGCGUGUGGAGGGAGCUCUCAACCUGCUGCACUGCACCUGGGAGGGAACUUUCAGGAUGAUCCCGUAUCCUCUGGAGAAAGGCCACCUCUUCUAUCCGUAUCCAGUCUGUACAGAGACAGCGGACAGAGAACUGCUACCAACAGUGUUUCACGAGGUGUCAGUGUAUCCCAAGAAGGAGCUGCCGUUCUUCAUCCUGUUCACGGCGGGUCUCUGCUCGUUCACAGCGAUGCUGGCGCUCCUCACGCAUCAGUUCCCGGAGCUCAUGGGAGUGUUUGCUAAAGCCUUCCUGAGCACCCUGUUCGCUCCGCUGAGCUUCAUCAUGGAGAAGGUGGAGAGUAUUCUUCCCUCGAGUCUGUGGCACCAGCUCACGCGGAUCUGAUCUCACGGACAUGCAUUAUUAUUGACUGAGGUGCCAAGUUCUUCAGAAGUGCCCAGAAGACAGAAACACAACCACAUCAAACGCUGAAGGAAUUGAUUUCCCUCUCAAUCUCCUGUAAAUCUUUCUGUUGAAAACUUUUAGACAACAUGGGUAUAUAAAGAAAAAAUAAAUCAAUUUCUGUACUACUGCAAAA